CGGCGCGGCGUGGGUGCAAGCAAGCGUCCGAAGCGUCCUGCCACUCGCGUCGCCCCUAAGAAGUCACAGAGCUUGACUACCUCCCUCUACCAACGCAGCAGCUCAGCCGACCACGAGGCCGCCGGUCCCUCUCCUCCCUCUGUCUCUCUUCCCUGCCGGAUCCCCAGCGCUCCGCCGCUGGUCUCUCGGUCUAGUGCGGUGGAGAUCCAUCGGUGCGCGUGGAUUGGUUCCUUCUCUUUGUCGAGCUGGCGAGGGAGCAGAAGAGGGCAUUUCUCGCCUUGAGGAUGGGCAAUCUGCAGCAGCUCCACUAUUAGCGUUGGGAUCUUUGACAUGGCCGAGGGGGAGAGGUUUCGCGGUAUAGUAGGAGGUGGCGUCGGCAACAGGAUGCAAGACAAUGAGAUCAAUGGCUUCUACAGCAUGCCCUAUUACCACAAAAUUUGGGAGGGCUCCCACAUGUCUGUGGACAGCGCUGACGGGCUCAACCUGGCCAAUUGCGCCGGUGGUUCUGUUGCCAUGUCAGUGGACAACAGCAGUGUGGGAUCGAACGAGUCUCGCACAGUCAUACUUAAGCAUCCAGGCCUCCGUGAUGCCCCAACUACAAGCUAUUCAGUUGGCAAUAGUGUCUUCCGCCCGAACCGUGUGGCUGCACACACCCUAAAUGAGGAUGCGUUGGCUCGGGUUUUGAUGGACCCAAAUCAUCCGACUGAGAUACUAAGUAGUUACGAGCAGUGGAAUAUUGAUUUGGGGAAGUUGGACAUGGGGGGUCCUUUUGCUCAAGGAGCCUUUGGGAAGCUGUACAGGGGAACAUAUAGUGGAGAAGAUGUCGCCAUUAAGCUGCUGGAGAAGCCAGAGAAUGACCCGGAAAGAGCACAUUUGAUGGAACAACAAUUUGUGCAAGAAGUUAUGAUGUUGUCUAGGCUGAGUCACCCGAAUAUUGUAAGGUUUAUAGGGGCAUGCAGGAAAUCAAUUGUUUGGUGCAUUGUUACAGAGUAUGCAAAAGGUGGCUCAGUCCGGCAGUUCCUGGCGAGAAGGCAGAACAAGUCAGUGCCUUUGAGGUUGGCUGUCAAACAGGCGUUGGAUGUAGCCCGGGGAAUGGCUUAUGUGCAUGCCUUGGGAUUUAUCCACAGAGAUUUGAAGUCAGAUAAUCUUCUAAUUGCGGCAGACAAGUCCAUUAAGAUUGCUGACUUUGGAGUUGCUCGUAUCGAGGUGAAAACUGAAGGGAUGACACCAGAGACAGGAACCUACCGCUGGAUGGCACCGGAAAUGAUCCAGCACAGGCCCUAUGACCAUAAAGUUGAUGUUUAUAGUUUUGGCAUUGUCUUGUGGGAGCUUAUAACCGGCAUGCUUCCCUUUACAAACAUGACGGCUGUUCAGGCAGCUUUUGCUGUUGUAAAUAAGGGUGCUCGUCCGGUAAUCCCUCAAUAUUGCCUGCCUGCUCUAAGCCACAUCAUGACUCGUUGUUGGGAUGCGAACCCUGAAGUUCGUCCACCAUUUGCUGAGAUCGUCUCCAUGCUUGAGAGUGCUGAGAUGGAGAUUGUGAGCAAUGUCCGUAAAGCGCGCUUCCGCUGCUGUAUGUCUGAGCCCAUGACCACCGACUGAAGUGGAAGCGGGUAGAUGACCACAAAUGGGGUAAGAGGAGAAAGGAGGGAAGAAAGGAGAAAGAGCCAAUCUCAAUGUAUUCACCGUAUCGGUGCUAGGGGUCUGCAGAAGUCCCUAGGAUUUGAGCUUCUGUGUUGUAUUCUAUCUUGUGUAAGUUGCACAGCUGAAGUAGUCUCUACCGAAAGUAUAGAUGAUGUUGCCUUGUAUGUUAACAAGAUCUAAUGGAGCUUUCAUGUUAAUAACAUCUGCUUGUUCUUGUA